UAUUUGCUUAAUGAGCUAGAUUUUUGCUGUUUGUCUGCGAAGAAAUUGCAAGUCAACUUCUGCCGAACUUUUGAUCACCAAAUUGUGAAAAUUUCCUGUUCUUCGAGUUCUUCUAGUGGGCAAUAGUGUACAAUUUGACAAACCAAUCACAAGGUAAACAAGAGUUUUGAGCAAGAUAUAAAUAAAAGAAGGCUCCGCAAAAAGUAAAUAUAAACGACUACUCGAGCUUUACAACUCAUACAGUAAUGGCCGAAAACGAUCCCAACAUUAUAAUAGACGUGGACCAGUAUGAAGAAAGGAUUCAAAGCUUUUCUCCACCAACUGGUUUGAUGGUGCGGUUUUUCUUCAUGGUAGCUCAGUUUGCAAAAUAUGGCUUCGCUAAGGUUGGAGAUGAUACUAUAGAAUGCACCUUUCCUGGGUGUGGGCGACAGCACCAAAUCAACGAAGUUCUUCAGACAGAUGCGAAUAACGUGCAAUGGCACGAACUUCACUGUCCUUUCCUAAUGGCAAGGAAACCUUGCUGGUUCUGCUGGGCAACUUUUUUCAACUGGGCGACUUUCCAAUGUCCAAGAUGCAACAUCAAUGCAAAUUCUGACAAGGCCUCUUCCGAACCUAUGUGCGUCAUCUGCAGAGCAAUGGUCAACCUUGCAACUGACGACUACGAGCGCUGUACGAGAUGCUCUGCAUUUAUUUGCAGAGAAUGCAUUACCAUGGGAAGGUGCCAUGUUCAUGCCGAUGACGAGAGGAAGGCAUUUUAGCAGGAAGAUUUAUCCCAUACUCAGACUAGACUAGAAAUCCAAGGAAAGUCGCUGGCGCCGAAUCCAUGGCAUAACUCACAUGCUGCUACGAAGUAUCAUGACGUUAAAAAAUACAGCGACUCUGAUGCUUCGAAGUCAGUAGAGUCAGUCAGUGCCGAAUGUACAAAUUGUACAUUCGGCAGAAUAUCGUACAGAAUAUCAUAAGAUUUCGGACCGUCACGGGGAUCAUUAACUGGCGCUGAUUAUAUGUCGUCUGCGUCGACAUGCCACCGGGAACGAUUAUGAACGAUUAGUCAAGGCGCCACGUGGUCACAAAUGGGAAUUUGUCACAGGUCGAAGGCGACGAAUACAAAUUUACUUCCCAUUAACUUCCACUGUUUGGUGCCAUCGAAUGAACACAAUCGAGGCCAAAUAUUAAAUGCAACGAGCCACACAAUCGAGACCAAGUAUUAUCAGCAGCAGUAGAAAAUAUGACACAAAAUUACUUACUCAGUAAUGAAUACUAAAGCCGGGGUUUCGCGUCGCCGAAUCCUUCCCGUGACACUGCACCAGAGGUAGCCACGGUUUUUGGCUCAGGAGCCACAAUUUUGCCCAACUAGACUGGCGGGCCAUGCAAGUGUGACGUAAAAAGUUACAUUUUAUGAAAACUAUUUUCAGUGUUUUAAAAGCAAAAGCGAAAAACAAUAAACCUCGUGAUGCCAAAACUAAAUUUAAUCGCUACCUUAACAAAUUUCCCGAGUUUUUAUUAGCUGAAACGUCAAAAUUUGGUUUUACUUACUUGUGGUAACAUCGGACUGGCCAUAAUGAACUACCCAAUGGUCCGUAUUUGACGCGCGAGCCGUAGUUUGCUCAUGUCAGCACUACACCAUGUUACUCGCCACAGUGGCGUGGCGCCAAAUCCAUCCCGUUACACUGCAUGAUUGGGAUAGUUGUCUGCCACUAGAUUGAGCUUAUCGAAACCCGAUUUUGUCUCGCUCUGUAUACACUACCAUUGGUACUGGCUGAUAAGUACACGGUGCUCAAGUACACGGUGCUCCUAUAUAUUUUCUACUGUUUAACCGUUUUACUCAUUCGUGAAAAUUGUUUUAAAGUUGCAGACAAUCCUUUUAUUACCAAAGAUAUAACGCUAUGCGAUUUAAAAAUGAUAGUUAAUUUUGAACUAUCUCACUUUUUUGGGCCAAUUUUUGAAUACUGCAACUAGACUGAAAGCUAUGUUUAUGAAUAAUUACUGUGCCAAUCUUUUUAAUUGAUUAUAGUUCUUUCUAUUUAUAUAUGCGCAUUUCCCUUUUUUUCCCUUUCCCAUCUCAAGUAUAGUAGAUUUUAUAAAGUAUGGUAGUAUAUACUACUUAACUACAGUACUCUGGUUGAGAUUAUUCCACGAGAACUUUUAGCCAAGGAAAAAAUGUUCAAAUUUAUUUAUCAAAAAGUAAAAUCUAAGCUCCAAUGAGCCGAAGAUUUUUCAUUUUGAGUUAAAUUUUCGUUAUGUUUUUAUAUUGGAUCUUUUGAAUUCGAAAGCAUUGUUCAUCUUCAACUCAAAACGAAAUGGUAUUCCUCUAUUUGCAUCUGACUUUCCUUUCUCGAUUUCUGUUUCCGUCCCGAGGAUUCUUUCAUACUUUUCUGCAUUUCUUCACUGCUCUAACUAUUCUCCAUUUUCAUAGACUGACCUAUAACUAAUUUUCUAUUCCCUACCUACUAUUAAAAUACAGUUCCCAAUCGAUCUAGAAUAAGUCCCAAAUAAUCUGAGUUCUGUUUUUAGAGGGUUUUAUUCCGUAUGUUCACAAAAGUAUUCGAAUUUUAAAUACUUGUUACUUUUUUCUAUUUCUCGUUUUACUUACUUUCUUUAUCAACUUCAAAUCAUAUAUAACACUUUCAUACUUCUCAGCAUUCCUUUAACUGUUCUUCUUCUUCUUCUUCACAGACUCACCUAUAACUAACCUUCACUUGCUGCCCUUUAAUAUAACACAGUUCCUUUACUUUUAUUCCUUCAAAUCGCGAAUGGUGAAUCGGAGCUUAGUUUCAUGCUGCUGUUAAAGUCUAAGUUGAUUGUUCAAAUUAUCUGGGUCGUAGUCAGAAUUUGGAUUUUCCAGAAAAUUUGAACUUUUACUCCAGCUUCGACUCAAAAUAAAACAUGCAUAAUUCCGAUCCCACUGCUCUAUUUAACAAUUGGAAUCAAAAUAAACAAUAAACAAUGACUAAUAAAAAUAUUUGUGAACCUCGAAGUUAUUGUGACCAAAAUUUUAUCUUUUCGGAGUUAAAAGUCGGAGUCAAAAUUUAUUUGAAUCCGAGGUUUAAAAUCAGAAUUAUUUUCAAUCCGGAUAGAACUCUCUCCGACUUGCCAGCCCUGUUUAAUUCAACUACUGCCCGGUUAUUAAAAUGCAUUUAACAGGACUGUUUUUAUAGAAAUUGUGUUAUGUUUUUUAAACUAAGUUUUUUCCAUCCCAUUGCCCUUUUUUCAAUGCACCCUUCUUACAGCCCGCCAAUGAACAUAUUUUUGUUGAAUUGCCAGAAUAUUUUUAAUUCAAGAGUUUGUAUCGCCAAACCUCAUUAAUCUGUAGCCGCGUAGCUGUAGCCUCUCCCCUCCCCCCAAUGGCUUGCUAUUAAUAAUUCUUUCCCCAAAUGAACCAAACAAGAAAGAAAAAAAUGCGCGCGUAUAUACCUUGGAUAACUUCGACGAGCUUGCUAAAAAUCUAGAAAUUCUAUCUCAGUGAUUUUCAACUGGGGUUCCGGCCAAUAUGUUACCCAGCUUUAGGGUGUGUUUUCAAAUUUAGGCGGGCGGGGGUGGAUAUUUUGUUAAUAGUAAGAAAACUUUUAGUGACUUAUAAAAAUGUGUUAUGUAUUAGCCUGACCGUCUUCACCGGCAUAUAAGCCACUUUCUGGAUAUUCAAAUACACUUUUAUUCACGUUAGGAAUUACAGUAUGGUGUAACACUUGAAAACUAGAGAGAGGGGGUAUUUGAAAUUUUUGGGGGUGUUCACCCCUUAUAGGGGAGUGUAAGGAAAUCACUGGUUCCAACAGUACAGUUCAUAAGUUUCUAUUCAAAUCCGAGAAUUCUUAGUUAAUACAUGUACGUUGUUUAAAUAUAUUCAAAUACUUUAGGUUUGCCGCAAUCUUUUAUUUUGCUAGUACGCAUCACGAAACUGGAUGCACUAACAUGCAGUCACCACAUAAAAUAGUAUGUAUUUAUUUAUAUGUUUUAUUGUAGAUGUUGAUUAGCCAUAGUAAAUUUACGAAUAAUCAGACCAACCGAGCUGCUGCUAUAAAUAUAUAUCGUAGGUUUGAAAUUGAAAUGCCUUGUUUUAAGAAUAACGAUAGUGUAGCGAAUGAGAAAUGUAACUAUGCAUGUUAAUGUUAUUUUACUCUUUUGUAUAAAUAGCAUGUUGGAUCCAAUGGAAAUAGGUCAUUUCAGCAAUCUCCUUGAUGGUGAUUUAUCGUAGCAAGGCUUGACUUGCUAUGCUCCUUUGUAUGAACCAAUUUCUGACCUGCUUCUGGCCUCCAUUCGACAGUUGAAAAUAUUAUGUGUUUUCAAAUUUUUGUUUUGCUUACUGAUUUGGAUUUCAACCAAUUUCCCAAACGGUGUGGCGCGCCCCGCAAGGGGGGGGGGGCAUUUUUUGAGGCGGCGUGAAGCUAAUUGAAAAUAAAAAUAUUUGUUGAAUCCAAUCUUGCUGCAUCAAUUUGAAUAUUUAAAUUUCUUU